CGGAGGGGCGGAGCGCUUCUCCUCACCGGGCGGUGUCAGCAGAGGAAAAACGGGACAGAGGGGAAGCGAGAGGCCGACACAGGGAUUCAUUUCCCCGGGAGAUUUUACUGAACUGCGCCAGCGGACUUCAGGUGUCAGCAUGUCAGGAAAGGUCAGCGCCGAGGAGAUGGAGGAGAUCACGGAGGGAUUCCAGAAAGUUGAUGUGGACGGCAACGGGUACAUCUGUGCCUCUGAGCUGGGCGAUCUCUUCCGCGAGGUAGGCUGUCCGAUGCCGGGAUACCAGAUCAGAGAACUCCUGCAGAAGCUGGACCGAGACAAGGACAGCCGCAUCAGCCUUGAGGAGUUCACGGCUAUCUUCCAGGAGCUGAAGGACGACCGCAUGGCCAUGGGCUUCAAGAAAGCUCUCAACAAGAAAAAAGGCAUCGUAGCCAUCGGGGGCACGAGCGAGAUCUCUAGUGAAGGAACUCAACAUUCGAUCUCUGAGCAGGAGCGCUUCGCCUUCGCCAACUACAUCAACUCGAGUUUGGAGAAAGAUCCCGACUGCGCGCACGUUCUGCCCAUCAACCCCAACACAGAGGCUCUGUUUAAAGCUGUGGCGGACGGCAUUGUGCUUUGUAAACUCAUCAACCUCUCUGUUCCUGACACCAUCGAUGAGAGAACCAUCAAUAAAAAGAAGCUGACUGCCUUCACCACACAGGAGAAUCUGAACUUGGCUCUGAAUUCGGCCUCGGCCAUCGGCUGCCAGGUCGUCAAUAUCGGAGCUCAAGAUCUGAAGGAGGGAAAACCUCAUCUGGUGCUCGGACUCCUCUGGCAGAUUAUCAAGAUCGGGCUGUUCGCUGACAUAGAGCUGAGCCGCAACGAAGCUAUUGCAGCGUUGCUAGAGGAAGGAGAGAGUCUGGAGGAGCUGAUGAAACUCAGUCCCGAGGAGCUGCUACUGAGAUGGGCCAAUUUCCACUUAAAGAAAGUCGGCAUGUCCUUAUCCAACUUCUCUGGCGAUAUUAAGGACUCCAAGGCGUACUACCACCUGCUGGAGCAGAUUGCACCGGAUGGCAGCAAAGAGGACGUUCCUCGCAUUGACGUCGACAUGACCGGUCUAUAUGAGAAGGAUCUCACAAGGAGGGCUGAAAACAUGCUGACCCAGGCCGACCGUCUGAGCUGCCGACAGUUCGUGACCGCUACCGACGUCGUCUCCGGAAACUCAAAGCUCAACAUGGCCUUCGUGGCCACGCUCUUCAACAAGCACCCGGCUCUCACCAAACCAGAGAACCAGGACUGGAACGUCGAAGGUGAGUCCAGGGAGGAGAAGACGUUCAGGAACUGGAUGAACUCUCUCGGUGUCAGCCCACAUGUUCACCACAUCUACGGCGAUCUGCAGGAUGCCAUGGUGAUCCUGCAGCUUUAUGAAAGGAUCAAGGUGCCGGUGGACUGGGACAACAGGGUCAACCAUCCUCCGUUCAAGGUAGCAGGAGGAGGACACUUGAAAAAGAUCGAAAACUGCAACUAUGCCGUGGAGCUGGGAAAGGGAAAGGCAGGUUUUUCCCUGGUGGGAAUUGGGGGGCAGGACUUGUACGACGGAAAUGCAACUUUGACUCUGGCGUUGGUGUGGCAGCUGAUGAGGAGGUACACUUUAAAUGUCCUUGAAGACCUUGGACAUGGAGAGGUCGCUGGAGACGAUUUGAUAAUUUCUUGGGUCAACAAGACGCUGGCGGAGGCUGGAAAGACUUCAUCUAUCAAAAGCUUUAAGGACAAGUCAAUCAGUACCAGUAUUCCCGUUCUGGACCUGAUCGACGCCAUCCAGCCCCGUAGCGUGAACUUUGACCUGGUUAAAAAAGAAGAUCUGUCGGACGAAGACAAACUGGACAAUGCCAAGUACGCCGUCUCCAUGGCGAGGAAGAUCGGCGCCAAAGUCUACGCCCUGCCUGACGACUUGGUGGAGGUCAACCCCAAGAUGGUGAUGACCAUCUUCGCCUGCCUGAUGGGCCGAGGCAUGAAGAAGGCGUAAAGGAGACACACACACAGACACACACACAUCUGACACAUCACUGACUUUGGCUGUUUUGAUGAAACAUGAAGCGAGUGAACAUAGAUAUAUUGUCUCCUUGUUUUUUUUUGUUUUUUUUUGAUGUAGCCAAAAUAGAGAUUAUUAAUCUGUUCCACAUUCAUAACCACAGAAAGAAAUGAAACAUUCGUUUCCAAAUAGUCGUCAACAUUAAGCAGUAAACCAGGACUUCUAUAACAUGACUUUAAUAUUUAAGUCGGGCUUUUUUUCUGGAUCUCAGUUUAAGGAGUAGAACGUCUGAGGGAUUAUUAUUCCCACACUCCUUCCGUGGCUGUAAAUGUUGUUUUUGUUUCGUCUCGUGACCAUCUCAAGUUUAUUAGUCCUUCCGUAUAAUUUAGCUGCAGUGUUACGUUUGUCUCAAAUUACCCAUGUGUACAACUCGUGCAGUAACUCCCGAUGUGCCAGCGCGCUCACACUAUGAGCUGUUUAUUAUACGUAAGCCAUAAUAAUCUUCUCUGAACACAUUUGAGCCUUUUAAUUUUAAAUAAGACCAAAGCUGUGAUGGAUGAGAGAUAGCCUUCAUACUAGAAUACAUUAUAGAAAACAUUUAUUUUUUUUUUUUGCCUUCAUUAGGUUCAAUAGUCAAUCAGCAGUCAGAUAAAGUGGUUCAGAUGUAUUUAAAUAAAUAAACUUACACAUUUGACCAAAUUUCUAAUAAAACAUCUGGUAUUUAGUAUCUUAUAGGGUAUUUUCUUCCACUUAAAACCUCUUAAUAAGACCUGGAAAUAUAUCAAAUACACUCACAGACCUUAAUAAGAACCUAAAGCUUAAAUAUCCACGGCUCCCGUUUGACUAAAAUUGAAGCUUAUUUCUCGUUUUAACUUGUGAACAUGGCAAAGCUGCUACUGCUUUUAAAAACACGACCUCAUCGAGAAGUAGGAAGAGGACUGUGUCGUACCUUUCUCCUCUGAAACCAAAACGCUGUCCAUCUCCAGCAGUUACCGUUUGCCUUCCUCCAUGUUUGUUUGUUAACGUCAGACCAAACUUUGACCAAAUGCUGCAGUUGAAAACGUGGAUGUUUUAAAGGUUUUCCGGGUUUGUUGCUGCUGCUGCUGCUGCUGUUCUUAACAUUCCACGGUUGUUGUUUUGUUUUUUUUUUAUUUCCUUUAUAAAAGAUGUUUUCCCUGCAAAGCACUUUCCUAUCUUCACUGGUUAUCCGUGGUAAAAUACAGAUACUGUUACUAGCAAUACUUCCAAAAGUCAGGGUGUACAAUCACAUCAAAAAUGUUAAAUAAAAACAAGUUUUCCAAAUGUUCA